AGGUGAUAUUGGAAAUUAUUAUUAUGGGCAGGGUCAUCCCAUGAAACCGCACAGAAUCCGUAUGACCCAUAACUUGCUGUUAAAUUAUGGCUUAUACAGAAAAAUGGAAAUAUAUAGGCCCCAUAAAGCUACUGCCGAAGAAAUGACAAAAUACCACAGUGAUGAGUAUAUCAAAUUUCUACGGUCAAUAAGACCAGAUAACAUGUCUGAGUAUAGUAAGCAGAUGCAGAGAUUUAAUGUUGGAGAGGAUUGUCCAGUGUUUGAUGGACUUUUUGAGUUUUGUCAGCUCUCAACCGGUGGCUCAGUUGCUGGGGCCGUGAAGUUGAACCGACAACAGACUGAUAUGGCUGUUAAUUGGGCUGGAGGAUUACAUCAUGCUAAAAAAUCAGAAGCAUCAGGGUUCUGUUAUGUUAACGAUAUUGUGCUUGCCAUUCUUGAAUUACUAAAGUAUCAUCAGAGAGUCUUAUAUAUUGAUAUAGAUAUCCAUCAUGGUGAUGGUGUUGAAGAAGCUUUUUAUACAACAGAUCGUGUAAUGACUGUAUCAUUCCAUAAAUAUGGGGAAUACUUUCCUGGCACGGGAGACUUGAGGGAUAUUGGUGCUGGAAAAGGCAAAUACUAUGCUGUCAAUUUUCCAAUGAGAGAUGGUAUAGAUGAUGAGUCAUAUGGGCAGAUAUUUAAGCCUAUUAUUUCAAAAGUGAUGGAGAUGUAUCAGCCUAGUGCUGUAGUAUUACAGUGUGGUGCAGACUCAUUAUCUGGUGAUAGACUUGGUUGUUUCAAUCUAACAGUCAAAGGUCAUGCUAAAUGUGUUGAAGUUGUAAAAACUUUUAACUUACCGUUACUGAUGCUUGGAGGAGGUGGCUACACAAUUCGUAAUGUUGCUCGAUGUUGGACAUAUGAGACUGCUGUUGCCCUUGAUUGUGAGAUUCCUAAUGCACCUGGUGUCCAAAUGCAAGCUAUUCCAGAAGAUGCUGUUCAUGAAGACAGUGGAGAUGAAGAUGGAGAAGAUCCAGACAAGAGAAUUUCUAUUCGAGCAUCAGACAAGCGGAUAGCUUGUGAUGAAGAAUUUUCAGAUUCUGAAGAUGAAGGAGAAGGAGGUCGUAGAAAUGUGGCUGAUCAUAAGAAAGGAGCAAAGAAAGCUAGAAUUGAAGAAGAUAAGAAGGAAACAGAGGACAAAAAAGCAGAUGUUAAAGAAGAAGAUAAAUCCAAGGACAAUAGUGGUGAAAAAACAGAUACCAAAGGAGCCAAAUCAGAGCAGCUCAGCAACCCUUGAAUUUGAAAGUCUCACCAACUUCAGAAAAGUCAUUAAAAAGAGAAAAUAUUGGGAGAAAAAUGUUUUCUUUUUGAAGACUUCUGGCUUCAUUUUAUACUACUUUGGCAUGGACUGUAUUUAUUUUCAAAUGGCUUUUUUCGUUUUUGUUUUUCUUGGCAAGUUUUAUUGUGAGUUUUUCUAAUUAUGAAGCAAAAUUUUUUUUCUCCACCAUGCUUUCUGUGAUAGUAUUUAAAAUUGAUGUGAGUUAUUAUGUCAAAAAACUGAUCUGUUAAAGAAGUAAUUGGCCUUUCUGAGCUGAUUUUUCCAUCUUUUGUAAUUAUCUUUAUUAAAAAAUUGUACUUGGAUU